CUGCACGGGCGCCUUGCUGAGGCGGGGCGCCAGGUGGAGAGGGUGCGGUGGGUCGGAGCCGGACGCCCCGCCGGCGAGUUGAGGCGGCUGUCCCCAUGCUAGCGGGCCGUGUCCCUGGGAUUGCGAGGAGGUUGGUUCUGCACUUGCGCCGUAUGACGGCCGUGUCGCAGAGUUUGUGUAGUAAAGUGACUUUUGCUUUUUUUGGUGGUGGUGGUGGGGGUGGUGUAUGCCCACGUACCGUGUGGCUGGGGAAAGACGGUCUCGUAGAAACUGGGACUCUCGUGCUACGCAGAGGUGAGCACCCUGACCCGGGGCCCCGGGUCUACCAGGUCGUUAAUAAGCAGAUGGGACUGUAGGUCAGUGUCCGUGCUCUGGGAACGCCGUCGCUGUGUGAGGGCGCGCGGCUGCCGGCGCUGGGUCCGAGUGAUGCUUCCGUGGCUUCCUUCUCCUCCGAGUCUCCCCCAUCGGCGGGCGCGUCUGGAUCCCGUGUACCCCUCCCACUGCCCUUUUGUUCCGGAACUGGGAAGCUUGUGUCCUCCAUGCCGCUGCGUCCUUUCCGCGCUUCGCCUGAGCCAGUGUCGCCUCCCCUGGCGCAGCCACACCGCCGGGUCCCCGUGGUAGCAGCCUUUGCCCCCUCCCCUGGCCCUGACACUGCUCUGUCGCUUCUGCUGCCGCAGCCGGCCUCACAGCUCCUUGUGGUUCCGCCCCGUGUGCCGGCGGCACAUGCCGUGGCGCGGUGUCCCGGCUGGAUCCUCCCUGCCCAGAGUGCCGCUUUUUGGGCAUUUGGCCCGGCAGUUAAGUCCCUGCCUGGCACACCACACCGUGUCGGAGUGCCUUCUUUAGUCCAGCUCCCCUCUAAAGCCUUCUGGUCCGCUUUAGCACAGCGCCCCCACCUCAGCAGUUUUGUUUUUUCAUUGACGUAUAGUAGGGUUCACUUUGGUGUACAAUUCUGAGAAGUUUGACAGCUGUUGUGAUUUUCCCCACAAUCAAAGGAAACGGCUCCCUCUCCCCAGGAGGUCCCCUCGUGCUGCCAUUGCAGUUGAGUCCUCCCUUCGGCCCUUGGUGACCGCCGACGCCUGUCUCUGGAUUCCCGUCAUUUUCCAGGAUGCUGUGUAAAGGAAGUCACCUGGCUCUUCGCACAGGACGCGAGUCCACCUGUUGGGUGCUGAGUGCUACCCCGUGGUGCGGGUGCGCACGCUGUGUCCCUCCUUCCAUCCGGUUUGCUCUGUCUCCAGGUGUUGCUGUGUGCCUCCCCAUCGUGAGAUGUUCCCACUACUGCUGACCCCCUCCCAGGACCCCCACCAAGGGCAGUGUCUCUCACAAGGGGGUGAAAAUGGGUUCUUUUAUAGUGGUCUGUGGCCUCAGGGCGGAGGUAGAGCUUCCUGGGGUUCGUUAGGAGAAAAGCUCCGACACAUGUCACUGGGGGACAGUGGAAAAAGAUGGAGAAACGGCAGUAGGACGGAGAACGUUCCGCGGGAUAGCAAGGGAGGUGAUGAUGCACCAUGGCGGCGGCUCCCAGGGUGCCCAGCAUCAGCCGCAGAGGCCCCGGUCCUUCCCUGGCAGCGAAGAAGAGCAGGCGGCCCACCCGAACCUGCCCCCGUCCCCCGCCGCACCCCAGUCCCCUGGGUACCAGAUACAGCAGCUGAUGAGUAGGAGUCCCGUGGCUGGGCAGAACGUGAACAUCACCCUGCAGAACGUGGGCCCCGUCGUUGGAGGAAACCAGCAGAUCACGCUGGCCCCUCUGCCGCUUCCCAGCCCCACCUCUCCAGGCUUCCAGUUUGGUACCCAGCCGAGGCGCUUUGAUCACGGGUCUCCGUCGUACAUUCAGGUCACUUCUCCCCUGUCCCAGCAGGUGCAGACCCAGAGCCCCACGCAGCCCAGCCCGGGGCCGGGGCCAGCCCUGCAGAGUGUACGUGCGGGUGCCCCGGGGCCCGGGCUGGGCCUCUGCAGUGGCAGCCCCACGGCAGGCUUUGUGGAUGCCAGUGUGCUCGUCAGGCAGAUCAGCCUGAGCCCCUCCAGUGCUGGGCACUUUGUGUUUCAGGAUGGCUCGGGGCUUGCCCAGAUCGCCCAGGGCGCCCAGGUGCAGCUCCAGCACGCGGGGACGCCCAUCGCAGUCCGGGAGAGGAGACUCUCCCAGCCUCACACUCAGUCGGGAGGCACCGUCCACCAUCUGGGCCCCCAGAGCCCUGCGGCUGCAGGGGGUGCUGGCCUGCAGUCGCUGGCAAGCCCAAGCCACAUGGCCACGGCGAGCCUGCCACCUCAGAUCAGCAGCAUCCUCCAGGGCCAGCUGAUCCAGCAGCAGCAGCAGCAGGUGCUGCAGGGGCCGCCGCUGAGCAGGCCCCUGGGGUUCGAGAGGACCCCAGGAGUGCUGCUCCCCGGGGUUGGGGGGGCGCCAGCCUUUGGGAUGACCUCCCCACCGCCACCCACCAGCCCUUCCAGAACCUCUGUGCCCCCGGGCCUGUCCAGUCUGCCCCUCACAUCUGCGGGCAGUACAGGCAUGAAGAAGGCUCCAAAGAAGUUAGAGGAGAUCCCCCCAGCCUCGCAGGAGCUGGCGCAGAUGCGGAAGCAGUGCCUGGACUAUCACCACAAGGAGAUGGAGGCUCUGAGGGAGGCCUUCAAGGAGUACUUGAUCGAACUGUUCUUCUUACAACAUCUGCAAGGGAACAUGAUGGAUUUCUUAGCGUUCAAGAAGAAGCAUUAUGCCCCUUUACAAGCGUAUCUUAGGCAAAACGAUUUGGACAUUGAAGAAGAGGAGGAGGAAGACGAAGAGGAGGAAGAGAAAUCUGAGGUUAUCAAUGAUGAGGUAAAGGUUGUGACAGGAAAGGAUGGGCAGACUGGUACUCCCGUUGCUAUAGCAACCCAGCUUCCUCCAAAUGUUUCUGCUGCUUUUUCAUCCCCGCAGCACCCAUUUCAGCAGCAAGCCCUCGCGGGGAGUCUGGCAGGGCCCGGCAGUGCCGCAGAGACAGACCCAUUCAAGAGGCAGCAGGGGCUGCCACCCACAGAGCAGUCUAAGCGACCUCGACUUGAAGUGGGUCACCAAGGGGUAGUUUUCCAGCACCCAGGGGUGAGCGCAGGAGUUCCUCUGCAGCAGUUAAUGCCAACAGUCCAAGGAGGAAUGCCCCCUGCCCCUCAGGCCACGCAGCUCACCGGGCAGAAGCAGAGCCAGCAGCAGUACGACCCUUCCACAGGGCCUCCUGUGCAGAACGCCGCCAGCUUGCACACUCCGCCUCCGCAGCUGCCUGCCAGGCUGCCCCCCGCCGGUGUCCCCACUGCAGCCCUCCCGUCUACACUGCAGUAUCCGCAGCAGCCACAGGUGGUAGAGGCUCAGACACAGCUUCAAGUCCCGCUGAAGACUCAGCAGCCAAAUGUUCCUGUCCCCGCGCCUCUCCCCAGCCAGCUCCCUCUUCCUCCUCCACAGCCCAUGCAGCCGGCCCUGCACAUCCCGGUGCCUGGGAAGGCCCAGAUACAGGCAGCUCAGCUUCCAUCCCAGCCACAGACAGUGGCAUCCACACGGCCACCCAUGGACUCUGCCCAGCCCUGCCAGCGGCCUCUGCCCACUUCCUCGUCUACCUCGUCCCUUGCACCUGUGAGUGGCCUAGGCUCAGGACCCCUGCCUGCGCGGUCAUCACCAGUGAACAGACCUUCCUCAUCAACCAACAAGGCGCUGUCUCCUGUUGCUUCCCGGUCUCCAGGGGUGGCUGUGUCAGCCGCACCCAAACCACAGAGCCCUGCUCAGAACGCUGCCUCGUCCCAAGACAGUUCUCAGGAAAAGCUCGCAGAACAAAUGACACUGGAAAACCAGAUCCACCAGCGGAUUGCAGACCUAAGGCGAGAAGGCCUGUGGUCUCUGCGGCGGCUGCCAAAGCUGCAGGAGGCCCCCCGGCCCAGGUCCCACUGGGACUGCCUGCUGGAGGAGAUGCAGUGGAUGGCCACAGACUUCGCCCAGGAGAGGCGGUGGAAGGUGGCUGCUGCUAAGAAGCUCGUCAGAACUGUGGCACGCCACCAUGAGGAGAGGCGGGUCCGCGAGGAGAGAGGCAAGAAGGAGGAGCAGAGCAGACUGAGGCGCAUCGCUGCAUCGACUGCCCGAGAAAUAGAGUAUUUUUGGUCUAACAUUGAACAGGUUGUCGAAAUAAAACUACAAGUAGAAUUAGAAGAAAAAAGGAAAAAGGCCUUAAAUUUACAGAAAGUUUCCAGAAAAGGGAAGGAGUUGAGACCCAGGGGAUUGGAAGUAUUACCAGAACAUUUCCUGGAUUCCAGAGUAUCUGGAAGAAAGAGAAAAGCAAGCACGUCCUUGACUGAUGAUGAAGUGGAAGAUGAAGAGGAGACCAUUGAAGAGGAGGAAGCACACGAAGGGGCCGUCGAUCACCAGACAGAACUUUCUAAUUUAGCCAAAGAAGCGGAGCUGCCACUGACCGACUUGGUGAAGCUGUACGAGGGCGCAUUUCUGCCGAGUUUCCAGUGGCCACAGCCCAGUCCUGACAGUGACGAGACGAGCGAGGACGAAGAUGCCGAGGACUGCCCUGGUGAGGGGGAAAGUCGGAGGGACCUGGUCCUCAUAGACUCACUUUUCAUCAUGGAUCAGUUUAAAGCUGCAGAGAGAAUGAAUGUUGGGAAACCCAACACAAGAGACAUUGCAGAAGUGACAGCUGUGGCCGAGGCUGUCCUGCCCAAGGGCAGUGCCCGGGUCUCAACUGCGGUGAAGUUCAGCGCCCCGGCUCUAUUGUAUGGGGCUCUCAGAGACUACCAGCAGAUCGGCCUGGACUGGCUGGCCAAGCUCUACCGGAAGAACCUCAAUGGCAUAUUGGCAGAUGAAGCUGGGCUUGGUAAAACAGUGCAGAUCAUUGCUUUUUUUGCUCACCUAGCUUGCAAUGAAGGUAAUUGGGGCCCCCAUCUUGUGGUUGUGAGGAGCCAUAAUGUGCUUAAAUGGGAACUUGAAUUGAAACGCUGGUGUCCUGGGCUCAAAACCCUCUCCUGGAUUGGCAGCCACAGAGAACUCAAAGCAAAGAGACAGGAGUGGGCCGAGCCCAACAGCUUCCACAUCUGCAUCACGUCCUACAAGCAGUUCUUCAGGGGCUAUGCCUCCUUCUCCCGAGUGAGCUGGAAGUGCCUGGUCAUCGACGAGAUGCAGCGUGUGAAGGGCAUGACCGAGAGGCACUGGGAGGCCGUCUUCACCCUGCAGAGUCAGCAGCGACUGCUUCUGAUCGAUGCGCCACUGCACAACACCUUCCUGGAGCUCUGGACCAUGGUGCACUUCCUCAUCCCUGGCAUCUCCAGGCCUUACAUGAGCUUCCCUCUGAAAACGCCCAGCGACGAGAACCAGGACUACUACCACAAAGUGGUCAUAAGGCUGCACAGGGUGACACAGCCGUUUAUAUUGAGGAGAACUAAAAGAGAUGUGGAAAAGCAGCUGACAAAGAAAUACGAGCAUGUUUUGAAGUGCCGCCUCUCCAACCGGCAGAAGGCCUUGUACGAGGACGUCAUCCUGCAGCCUGGAACUCAAGAGGCCCUGAAGAGCGGGCACUUUGUCAGCGUCCUGAGCGUCCUGAUGCGGCUGCAGCGCAUCUGCAACCACCCGGGACUGGUGGAGCCCCGGCUGCCUCACGCCUCCUACGUGGCAGGGCCUCUGCGGUAUUGCUUGGCCUCUCUGAUUCUGAAGGCGCUGGACAGAGAUUUUUGGAAGGAAAUUGAUCUUUCUAUAUUUGACCUCAUUGGGUUAGAGAAUAAAAUCACUCGCCAUGAGGCAGAAUCACUGUCUAGGAAGAAGGUGACUCGGAAACUCAUGGAGGAGAUCUUCACCUCACCACCCCCAUCCGCACGGCCAGCAUCUGUGAAGCUGAAGGCGAGCAGGUUGUUUCAGCCCGUGCAGUACGGCCAGAAACCCGAGGGCCGCACCGUGGCAUUCCCCAGCACACACCCACCCCGGACAGCAGCCAGCACCGCAGCCACUGCUGCUCCUCAGGGCCAGCUGCGAGGACGGCCACCAGUUGCCACUUUCUCUGCGAAUCCGGAUGUGAAAGCAGCAGCAGCCCCGUUUCAGAGCUCUCAGGCCUCCUCCAGUGCUGCUCGACACCAGCCCGCCUCGACCUUCAGCACGGCCGCUAGCCCAGCCCAUCCUGCGAAACUGCGGGCUCAGACCACUGCACAGGCCUCCGCCCCAGGCCCGCCCCCGCCCCAGCCCCAGGCCCCCGCGCACGCGGCCGGGCAGAGCCCGCUGCCUCAGAGGCUGGUGCUCACCUCGCAGGCCCAGGCCCGCCUGCCCAGCAGAGUUACAGAGAGGGAGAGAGAGAGAUCUUCCAUCUGCUGGUUCACUCUGCAAAUGGCUGUAGUGGCCAGGGCUGGUCCAGGCCAAAGCCAGGAGCUUCAUCCAGGUCUCCCAUGUGGGUGCAGGGGCCCAAGCACUUGGGCCAUCCUCUGCUUUCCCAGGCCAUUAGCAGGGAGCUGGAUCGGAAGUGGAGCAGCCAGGACUGGAACAGGCACUCACUUGGGAUGUCGGCGUUGCAGGCGGCAGCUUGUUUACCUCUGUGGCGAGGUAGUAAAAAUAGCACAGCUGGCGUCCAUCGCGGGACCGCAGAGUCGGGUCACUCAGCCCGAGACGCCUGUAACCCUGCAGUUCCAGGGCAACAAGUUCACCUUGUCACACAGCCAGCUCCGGCAGCUCACGGCAGGCCAGCCUCUGCAGCUCCAAGGCAGCGUUCUCCAGAUCGUGUCAGCCCCCGGGCAGCCCUACCUGCGAGCCCCUGGCCCUGUGGUGAUGCAGACCGUGUCUCAGGCGGGUGCUGUGCAUGGCACCCUGGGAAGCAAGCCCCCGGCCGGCGGCCCCAACCCUGCGCCCUUGACCCCACAAGCUGGUGUUCCCAGUCGAGUGGCUGUUAAUGCCUUGGCCGUGGGAGAACCUGGGAUGGCCUCCAAGCCAGCCUCCCCCGGUGGAGGGCCUACCCAGGAGGAAAAGGCCAGGCUUCUGAGGGAGCGGCUGGACCAGAUCCAUCUUGCCAACGAGCGGCGCUGUUGCCAGGCCCCGGUGUAUGGCCGGGACUUGCUGAGGAUUUGUUCCCUGCCAGGAAGAAUACACAUGCCUGGGAAGGUGGCUGGGCCGGCCAGCUGUCACCUGUCACCCUCAGAAAGUAAGGGCGACUUGAUUCUGACCCUGAGUCAGUGCCAGGAGUCUCUGCAGGACGUGCUGGGCAGGGUGGCCUGUGUUAUCCCUCCUGUGGUGGCCGCACCCCCGGCCCUGUGCGUGGCAAGGCCUCCCUCCCUGUACAGCCACAGGCUGCGGGUCCUGAAGCAGCGCCUGGAGGAGCACGCGGCCCCCUUCCUCCAGCAGCUGCGGCGCUGGACGGCCCUGCGCUCGCUGCAGUUUCCUGAGCUGAGGCUGGUGCAGUUCGACUCAGGGAAGUUAGAAGCCUUGGCUCCCUUGCUGCAGAAGUUGAGAUCUGAGGGGCGCCGGGUGCUGAUUCUGUCACAGAUGGUUCUGAUGCUGGAUAUCUUAGAGAUGUUCUUGAACUUCCAUCACCUCACCUACAUCCGCAUUGAUGAGAACGCCAGCAGUGAGCAGCGGCAGGAGCUGAUGCGGAGUUUCAACAGGGACAGGCGGAUCUUCUGCGCCCUUCUCUCCACUCACAGCCGCGCCACAGGGGUCAGCCUCGUGGAGGCAGACACUGUCGUGUUCUACGACAAUGACCUGAACCCUGUGAUGGACGCCAAGGCCCAGGAGUGGUGUGAUCGGAUUGGGAGAUGCAAGGACAUUCACAUCUACAGGCUUGUGAGUGGAAAUUCCAUUGAAGAGAAAUUGUUGAAAAACGGAACUAAAGAUUUGAUCCGAGAGGUAGCCGCUCAGGGGAACGACUACUCCAUGGCAUUCCUCACACAGCGCACCAUCCAGGAGCUGUUUGAGGUCUACUCCCCCAUGGAUGAUGCCGGCUUCCCUGUGAAAGCUGAGGAGUUUGUCGUGCUCUCUCAGGAACCUUCCGUAACAGACAACAUUGCUCCCAAGAUCGCAAGACCUUUCAUAGAGGCCCUCAAGAGCAUCGAGUGUUUGGAGGAAGAUGCACAGAAAGCCGGCGAGGCUGUGGUGCCUGGGUUGGAUGCUGACGCCCUGUUGUCAGACUCAGGCGACCUGCUGGUUGAGGACGGGCCAUCACAGCUGGAGGAGCUGGCUGACUUUAUGGAGCAGCUUACACCUAUUGAAAAAUACGCCUUGAAUUACCUGGAAUUUUUCCAUACUUCCUUUGAGCAAGAAAAACAGAGAAGUAGUGGGGAUGCAGUCAUGGCGUCGGUGAGGGAGUGGGAGUCCCGGAACAUGAAGGCGCAGCAGGACAGAGAGGCCCAGCUGCAGCUGGAGCAGGAGGAGGCCGAGCUCCUCACCUACACCCGAGAGGAUGCCUACAGCAUGGAAUAUGUCUACGAGGAUGCUGACGGGCAGACAGAGGUGAUGCCGCUCUGGACCCCACCCACUCCCCCUCAGGAUGACAAUGACAUCUACAUUGACUCGGUUAUGUGUCUCAUGUAUGAAACCACCCCCAUCCCAGAAGCCAAGCUACCCCCAGUGUAUGUGAGGAAGGAACGCAAGCGGCACAAGACGGACCCCUCAGCUGCAGGCAGGAAGAAGAAGCAGCGGCACGGAGAAGCAGUUGUCCCGCCCAGGUCGCUGUUCGACCGAGCCGCACCGGGCAUGCUCAAGAUUCGGCGAGAAGGCAAGGAGCAGAAGAAGAACUUGCUGCUGAAACAGCAGGCUCAGUUUGCCAAGCCCCUGCCCACUUUUGCCAAGCCCACAGCUGAGUCUGGGCAGGACAGUCCCGAGUGGCUCAUCGGCGAGGACUGGGCCCUGCUGCAGGCCGUAAAGCAGUUGCUGGAGCUGCCUCUGAACCUCACAGUUGUGUCGCCGGCCCACACCCCAAACUGGGAUCUUGUCAGCGAUGUCGUCAACUCCUGCAGCCGGAUCUACCGCUCUUCCAAACAGUGCCGGAAUCGCUACGAGAACGUCAUCAUCCCAAGAGAAGAGGGGAAGAGCAAAAACAACCGCCCCGUGCGCACGAGCCAGCUCUAUGCGCAGGAUGAGAACGCCGCCCACACCCAGCUGUACACAAACCACUUUGAGUUAAUGAAGACCACUGCUGGCAAGAGAAGCCCUCCCAUCAAGCCCCUGCUCGGCAUGAACCCCUUCCAGAAAAACCCCAAGCAUGCCUCUGUGCUGUCGGAAAGUGGGAUCAACUACGACAAGCCACUGCCUCCCAUUCAGGUUGCGUCUCUCCGUGCAGAGCGGAUUGCCAAAGAGAAAAAGGCCCUGGCUGACCAGCAGAAGGCGCAGCAGCCAGCCGUGGCUCAGCCACCUCCCCAGCAGCAGCAGCAGCCCCCACCACCACCUCAGCAGCCACCACCACCACUGCCACAGCCACAGGCCACAGGCAGCCAGGCACCAGCAGGACCGCCAGCGGUGCAGCCUCAGGCCCAGGCCCAGGCCCCAGCACAGCCACAGCCUGUGCAGGCUCCACCAAAGGGGCAGCCUGCCAUCACCACCGUGGGCAGCGCUGCAGUGCUGGCAGGAACCAUUAAGACGUCAGUGACAGGAACAAGCAUGCCAACUGGCACCGUGAGUGGAAAUGUGAUAGUGAAUACCAUUGCGGGUGUCCCUGCAGCCACCUUCCAGUCCAUCAACAAGCGCCUUGCCUCGCCUGUGGCUCCUGCUGCCUUGCCUGCAACUGGAGGUUCUGCUCCUGCCCAGGUGGUUCACACCCAGCCACGAGCAGUUGGCUCCCCAGCCACAGCCACCACCGACCUGGUAUCCAUGACAACAACUCAGGGUGUUCGAGCUGUCACUUCAGUGACAGCCUCAGCUGUGGUCACCACCAACCUGACCCCGGUGCAGACCCCAGCACGGUCUCUGGUGACGCAGGUGUCCCAAGCCACAGGGGUUCAGCUUCCAGGAAAGACCAUCACACCGGCACAUUUCCAGCUCCUGAGGCAGCAGCAGCAGCAACAGCAGCAGCAGCAGCAGCAGCAGCAGCAGCAGGCCUCCCAGGUGCAGGUUCCGCAGAUGCAGGGCCAGACCCAGUCCCCUGCACAGAUCAAAGCCGUGGGCAAAUUGGCACCGGAACACAUCAUCAAAAUGCAGAAGCAGAAGCUGCAGCUGCCCCCGCAGCCCCCACCGCCACAGGCCCAGCCAGGACCCCCGCAGCCCACAGCCCAGGUGCAAGUGCAGCCGCCACAGCCCCCACAGCAGCAGAGCCCGCAGCUCACCACAGUCACGGCUCCACGGCCCGGAGCGCUGCUCACAGGCACCACGGUGGCCAACCUCCAGGUGGCCCGGCUUACCCGGGUUCCCACUUCUCAGCUGCAGGCGCAAGGGCAGAUGCAGACCCAGACGCCCCAGCCGGCCCAGGUGGCCUUGGCGAAGCCGCCGGUGGUGUCCGUCCCAGCGGCCGUGGUCUCCUCGCCGGGAGUCACCACCCUGCCCAUGAACGUGGCGGGCAUCAGCGUGGCCAUCGGGCAGCCGCAGAAAGCAGCAGGGCAGACCGUCGUGGCGCAGCCUGUGCACGUGCAGCAGCUGCUGAAGCUCAAGCAGCAGGCCGUCCAGCAGCAGAAGGCCCUCCAGCCCCAGGUUGCCCAGGGCCCAGCCGCCGUCCAGCAGAAGAUAACAGCACAGCAGAUUGCUGCCCAGGGCCCACAGCAGAAGGUCACCUACGCCACCCAGCCAGCCCUGAAAACCCAGUUUCUCACCACACCCAUCUCUCAGGCACAGAAACUGGCCGGGACUCAGCAGGUGCAGACCCAGAUCCAGGUUGCAAAGCUUCCUCAAGUUGUGCAGCAGCAGAGCCCUGUGGCCGGCAUCCAGCAGGUGGCCUCUGCCUCCCAGCAGGCUUCUCCACAGACAGUGACGCUGACACAGGCGACGGCGGCAGGGCAGCAGGUGCAGAUGAUCCCUGCGGUGACGGCGACGGCCCAGGUGGUCCAGCAGAAGCUCAUCCAGCAGCAGGUGGUGACCCCAGCGUCAGCCCCGCUUCAGACACCUGGUGGCCCGAGCCCCGCGCAGGUUCCGGCGGGCUCCGACAGCCCGAGUCAGCAACCCAAGCUGCACAUGCGGGUCCCCGCGGUCAGGCUGAAGACGCCCACCAAGCCGCCGUGCCAGUAGUUGGAGGAGCGGGCGCUCGCGUCUGUGGGAGACGCUGCUGCGUGAGAUGCGUGCGCCCCGGGAGCUGUCCCUGAGGCAGCGGCGGGGUCGCCCCUGGGAAUUUGGCCCUACCUGGCCCGCCAGCCCGCCCGCCGGUCUCCCUGUUCACUUUCUCCUCCAGAGCAGCAGGCUGGGCUUUGAGAGCCACGAAGAGUCCCUGGCGGUGCCUGCCACGUCCGUCUGUGUCCGCCUCAGGGGCAGGCGUCUGCAGGCAGCCCUGCGGUCGCUCCCUGUCCCGAGGGAGAGCAGCCAUGGCUUGCUCUGCUUUGACGCACACGCUGAGUCUGUGCACACGUGACACGCCCCAGCUUGCGUCCGAGGGAGAUGCCCAGUGGGGCCUCCCCAGCCCCACAGCCAGUGUGAUUUGUUUUCGUUUAAAGGAAACUCGGCGCGUUCAUGACGGGCCCUGGCUUUGGAUAAAGCUCUGGGUCCUGGGUGUGCCCAGCGUCCCCCAGCACACGGGCAGCCUCGUGCUCCUGUCCCAGUCGCACGCUGUGAGGUGCAGAGUGAGCCUCACAGGCUCCCCUGCUCCUCACUGGGACGAGGCCUGAUGUGGGGCCUCGAGCUCCUCUGUGGGUAGCGUCCUGGGUGGAGCCACAGCGCAGCCCUUCCAGGCGUGCGGCGUCCUCGGUGGUGGCAUCAGGCAUUUGCCGCGGUGUCUCAGGCGUGGCUCUGCCAGCACAAGUGGAGAAGCGCCUGGGCUGGUGUGAAAGGGGUGCAGCGAGGGCGAGACAGGAGCACCUGCCUCUGUCUGGCGGACGUGGCGGCCUCCCUUCCUGGGCUCUCCCCAGGCGGACAGGGCCGCGUCCAGCUGAGCUUGUGCUGAGCCGUUCCCAUUGGCGGUCCAGGAAGGUAGGUUCUGCUCAGCUUGUGGAGACCAAGUGUCAGGCCACACACACUUCAAGGUUCCCGACGUUCAUCGCCUGGGCUCUGUCCUGACGUGCCCCUUGAGUGGCAUUGAGGAGGCGCUGUCCUCUGGGGUCCCCUCACCCUGCGGCCUGUGUGCCACUCCCUGCGAGCUGGCUUUUGAGCCCUUGAUGAGAAAUUUGGACAGACGUGAAGAUCAAAUGCUGGAAGGAAGGGACUUAACGUUUCAGUGCGUGCAGCUUAGCACGGAACACCAGGACCCGCUCCCGUGGCCGGCCCUGCCCGUGCUGGUUUGGUCAGCACCGCCUGCACCGAGAUGCCCGGCCAGCGUCCCCUGCUAAGUGCACUGGGGUCACUCCACGCAGCCAGUCCAGCGGCGGUCGUGUUGUCACCUCUAAACGCCUGGGUGUGUGGUUCCCGCCGCUCGCUGCAGGGCACUCCUCGUAGUCCAGUGUACUGUUUCUUGGCCUGUUGUAAAGGUUAACCUGCCCAGUUAUUUAAGAAGUAAGUAUGUGUUUGGGAAGUUGUCGUCCAGCCCUCCUCCCUGCAAGCCCACACCAUCUGUGAAUCGGAGGUUUUCAGAACGUGACACAAGGCGGCGGCCAGAGCACCGUCCAGAUCUGGGUGGGCUCCGUGGGCAGCAGAGGCUUGGAGCCCUGGUGGAGGUCUGGGGCCUGAGGCAGGGGUUUGCCCUUGUGUGUUGUUGUUGUUUUUGUUAAUUAUUGUAACUAGAUAGCUGUUGUGUUUUAAUCUCUAAAGGAACAGGACUGAAACUGUAAAUACUUUGUAAACAUAAGAGUUUGUACUUGAAUGGUAGGAUUUUAAAAGGGCCCUGAUAUCUGCCAAACAAAAGGCAUAAUAAAAUGACCUUUUUGUAGA